AUGUUAUCGAAAGUGAUACAAAUAUGUCAAGCGGCAGAAAUUUCUAAGGAAGAAAGUCUGUGUAUCGACAGCAACGAGGCGGAGAGCGGUCAGGUGGAUGCAGUUCAAGGUAACCGCCGUGGGGCGCGCGGUUGGCGCAGCGGCAGGGGUCGAACGCAGACCGCGUCCACGUCCAGAGGGGGGCGCGCGGUUGGUGCAGCACAAGCCGCGCCGGCGGCGGCGGAGCCAUGCGUGCGCUGCGGGUGCGUGCGCUGUGCUGGCGGCUAUAAGUGCCCGGCACGUCAAGCCAGAUGUUUUGUGUGUGAUAAAAAGGUCAUUUUUCACGGAUGUGUAAACAAAAGGGUGUAG